CGCGGCAGGCAGCUGCAGGCCCAGCGUGGAUCCACCCUGAGGACGGCGCUGCUGGAGGCGGGGGUGACGCCGCACAACGGCCGCGCAACUCUCAUCAACUGUCGGGGGCUGGGCACGUGCGGCACGUGCGCUGUGGAGGUGCGAGGGCAGGUGGAGCCGCCGCAGUGGACCACGCAGGAGCAGCUGCGCCUCAACUUCCCGCCCCAUGCGCCGCCAGGGAACCAGCAGCUGCGGCUGGCCUGCCAGGUGGCCUGCGAAGGCGACCUGGUUGUGGUGGUGAAGCGCAGCGGGUUCUGGGGGCAGGGCCAGCAGGUGUUG